UAUGAAACUGGUCUAAAGAGGAAGAGAAAAAAUUUGUUAGUUAAAUAUAGGAGAGCGAGCGUAGCGUGGUGGCUGGCUCAUUAUUUCUGCGCACUUCCAUUUUCCUACGUCUUCAUCGUCUCCGAUCGGAUCCUGCAACAGCUACUAUCCUAUUCCGAGAUCAAUAUUGAGUGAAAGAGAGAAAAGAUGUUGGGGAUUAUUAAUAGGAAAAUCUGUUCUGGAGGCUCUUCUGUUCUGACUUCCGGACAGUCCUUGCAGUGGGCUCGUUCCUCCGCGUCGGCGUUGAGAAGCUAUUCAUCUGCAGCAAAAGAGAUGACAGUGAGAGACGCUCUAAACUCUGCACUUGAUGAGGAAAUGUCUGCUGAUCCCAAAGUGUUCUUGAUGGGUGAAGAGGUUGGGGAAUAUCAGGGUGCAUACAAGAUAUCCAAGGGGCUGUUGGAUAAGUAUGGUCCCGAGAGGGUUCUUGAUACGCCAAUCACAGAGGCUGGGUUUACAGGGAUUGGAGUUGGUGCUGCUUACCAUGGACUGCGGCCUGUUAUAGAGUUUAUGACAUUUAACUUCUCUAUGCAGGCAAUUGACCACAUUAUUAAUUCUGCCGCAAAAUCAAACUAUAUGUCUGCUGGCCAGAUAUCUGUGCCCAUAGUUUUCCGAGGGCCUAAUGGUGCUGCUGCUGGAGUUGGUGCCCAGCACUCUCAAUGUUAUGCUUCUUGGUUUGCAUCCUGUCCUGGGUUGAAAGUGUUGACCCCAUACUCAUCUGAAGAUGCUCGUGGACUGCUAAAGGCUGCUAUAAGGGAUCCUGAUCCUGUCGUUUUCCUUGAAAAUGAAUUGUUAUAUGGCGAGUCAUUCCCUAUUUCAGCUGAAGCUCUUGAUUCCAGUUUUUGUCUUCCAAUUGGGAAAGCUAAGAUUGAGAGAGAAGGAAAGGAUGUGACGAUUACAGCUUUUUCAAAAAUGGUGGGCUAUGCUCUCAAGGCGGCUGAGAUACUUGCGAAGGAAGGUAUCAGCUCUGAGGUUAUAAAUUUACGAUCAAUUCGGCCACUAGAUAGAUCCACAAUCAAUGCCUCUGUCAGGAAAACCAACAGACUGGUAACGGUGGAAGAAGGGUUUCCUCAACAUGGUGUUGGGGCCGAAAUCUGCACAUCUGUUGUUGAGGAUAGCUUCGGUUACCUUGAUGCACCAGUCGAGAGAGUUGCUGGGGCUGAUGUUCCUAUGCCUUACGCAGCCAAUCUUGAGAGGAUGGCUGUUCCACAGGUUGAGGACAUUGUUCGUGCAGCAAAGAGAGCAUGCUACAGAUCUGUCCCGUUGGCUGCUGCUGCCUAAUUACCAAUCCCAUUCAGAAACUUUUCCAUAUUCAGGGGAUAAUGGAGAUUGUACAUUUUUUUAACUUUCUCGUCACAUGGGGAAGAAGUUGCUUGGUAAAAUAACUUGGAGAACAAUGGCACGGAGGUGGGAAAUUUUGUGAAUCCGUUCUCGAUUUGAUUUUGUAGUUCAUGUGGAACCUAUUGUACUUUUGAAAGCGACAUUUCAAAAGUGUUUUAUUUGGAUUUUCUAUUCAGUGCAUCACUUGUUAGGUCUCAAUUUUUUUGUAUUAACGGGAAUCUCUGAUGAUGCUUGUUAGGCAUUCCCUUUAAAUGAAACACCGAAUAAGCUUUUCUGUCUUA